UAUAGAUUAAACAAAAAAUAAUGAACUUAUAAACAUUUUGAAGAGCAUUUUUAAUAACAUGCAGAAGGCUGCAGGCACAGAAAACAGUACUAUAAAGAAAUUUGCUGCAGUUUUGGGAAUAUAAUUUUUUAUAGUUUCAGGGGGUAUCAUGGAUGAUCAUAUCCAUACUCUGCAUUGUUUUCUACAUCAAAGAAGUGGAGAAUAUUUCAAUACACACUUACAUGGAAAAGGUCGUAGUGAACAUCUACACAUCUUUCUUGAUAAAUGAUGGGAAAUACACCGAUGGACAAAUCAUAAAUGCUAGAAUUUUUGCUGGUUUCAUGUGGACAUACUUAUUUUUGGAUCUCAUAUGGGUUUUGGUAUCGUUUUAUGUUCUAGGCAAGAAACAAAAGAGAGAAAAACUUGCUCUACGUCUGUGGAGUCUAGCGACAUCUGUGAUCUGUCUUCUAGAUCUAAUUCUAUCCAUCUUGCUUGGUAUUGACUACCAAAACUGUUUCAACGAUGCCUCUAGAGUUGUAUUUGCUGAAUUAGCAUCUGAACAAGUUUGUGCUAAUAUAAUUCUUCCCGUUCUGAUAAUAGCGGCCAAAGGAUUUACCUUGUGGAUAGUAAACGUCAUUUUUGCUUUUAUUUUGUUCAGAAUAUCAACACAGCUCCCUGAUAAACAACAAGAUUCGGCAUCAAAAAAAAUGCAGUCCCUUUUUAUUCCAUCGUCUCAGUUCUAUAGUGAAGGAGAAUAUUCUUCAAGUCUUCAGAUCCUACAAGCAUACAACGAGUUUCCAGUCAUACAAAGGCGAAGUCAGCUUGAAGAACCUUGUGUGCUGAGAAGUCCACUGAAGCUUUUCUAAAAGCUUGUAUAAAACCUGUAAUUUUCGAAAAUACAUAACUUUUUGAUGGUUCA